UUGACCGGUUUGCCAACCUGCCCAGCAUACAAUUUUUGACUGUUUCAAUUUUUUGCUCACCUCACACACUUGCAUUGGCAAAUAGAAACAUGUAUGCAUGCACAGAAACACACAAACACACACAUACCAGAUAAAGGAUAAUACUCUUUGCAGGAACUGUCUGACCCCAUAUCCUGUAUUCCCAGCUGUUACCCAAGAGUCACGCAGAGACAGAGAAAUAGACAGAAAGAUAGAUAGAACUUCCCUCCUCCUCCUCUGUGGGGGUGUGUCAAAAUUGUGUCUAUUACGUCCCAGAGGCAAACCUUGCAUUUCAGAAUUUCUGAUUUCCUGAAUGCACCUUAGCACACGCACAUACUGAAACACUAACACACCUGCAAACUAUGCCAUCUGAUGCCAGAGAUGAUGCUCCUGUGUAAGAAACAGGUUGCUACUGGAACAGCAAAGAGAAACUGAGGACAGAAAGGAAAGAGAAACAACAAGUUGUGAAAUAGACGGUAACUGUGGCAAUUUUUGGACUUAUGAAAGAUGGAUGAAUGAGACUAUGGGGAUAAGGAAGAGACAUGCGCAGAGCAGAAUGAAGAGGACAAGUCUCCAUAGGACCCUAGGAUACAUAUAUAAUUGCGCACAAGCAUAAAAAGACUCUACAGAUGCUUUUGAGAAGCAUCAGGAGGAUGUCUGACCUUUGCUUAGAGGGGAGGUGGAGAUGGAAACCUUAUUUUCUUCUCACCAUCUUGCUUGUGUUGCUGAGAGCUGCUCCUACAGCACUUGGCAAUUUCCUGGGAGACACUAAAGCAGUAUUAAAUGGUUGCAAAGACCACUGGACCCUGCAGGACAGGACAGCUGUGCCCCUCCUUUAUGAGAUGACCAUAUGUGUGGACAUUCGUGUGGUCCUCCCUGGUGCUUGGGUGGCCUUCUCUUACCGCUCAGCCUUCGCACCCAGGCCCGAGUUAGGCCUGGAGGGAGAUGAAAGAGCACUAUAUGGAUGGCUACUAGGAGUGCGACACCGAUUUCCUCUCCAGCUGUCCCCAACGCAUUGGCACAGAGUGUGUCUAAGGAGGGAUAUAAAGGGCAACACUUUUAGUCUGAAGGUUGAUGGGGACAUUAUAGCAGAGAGGACUGUCAUCGCUCAGGCCAUCCCCUCCUACGGCUCUCUGUGGAUGGGCUGUCGUCCCAGAGAUCCACCCCCAGGACCUAAUCUCGGAAAUGUGGAGCUGUACUUGUUCCGCAUGUGGGCAGACUUGGGUGCUCAUGGGCCCUGCGAGGACGGCACUGUGAUUGGCUGGAAUGCCAAAUACUGGGGAGUGACCAGUCCCAGUGCAAGGCAAAUAGACCCCAGCCUUAUGUGUGACCACAAACGGUUGAAACGUGGGGCUCGUGCUUACAGAAGCAUUACUAAUGCAACUACACUGGGAGCUGGCCGGUCCCUGCUGCCUUCAUCUGACAUUACAGCUUCGCCUCUGAACUCAAUCCUGCCCAUGAACACCAGUUCAGCUAAUCAGAUCUCAACAAGCACCCACAUACCUUCAGUCACAACUCCGGCAGCCAACCAAAGCACACCUGGAGGAUUAUUCACAUCAGGAUCCACCAGAUUAGUUCAUUGUGAUGUCCGUCAACUCUGUUCCAAUAACAGUGCUUACUAUUGGAUGCCCAUAAGUGUAGAGGGCAACAAGACUAAAGAAGAGGUCCAAAAUUUGGUGUCAAAAGCAUUGGGUUGUCACAAUGACAGUGUUGAUGCAGCAAAAGGAAAAACAGGCUCUUUGAAUUUCUGUCAGGGUGACAGACAACUUCAGGUAGUUGAAGUGUCCUGUAGUGCAAAAAGGAAUAUAAGCCAAACUGCCUGCAAUGUGGUGCUGCUGCUCAACCAUGCUGUCUCAGUGUGUGAACUUCAACAAGCUGGAGACGCUGCACUGCAGCAAGCUGGAGCACCAAUGCAAGCGAGAAUCAUAGGAGAGAUGGAGAGAGUGGGUCGAAAUCUGUGUAAGGAUGCAGAGCCCUCUAGUGGCGGUUUUGUGAGAUGCAAUUCCACAUCUUCUCUUGACGAUAUCUGUCAGUUAAAUAAAUCCUCCCCACUAACAUGCUUCCUCUUAGAGCCCAACUCCAACCCGGCUCCUAAAUUGAAGACAGACUCUUGUAGCAGUGAGUAUCACAAACACAGAUGCUUUUUAUAUUCACCCCUGUUUAUCAAGGGUUUUGCUGCUGUAACCAUGUUUGUCUGA